CACACACUCUGAAGGAAAGAAAACCAGCUUUCCUCCUCGAGUUGGGCAGAAGGAGUCGUUUAAUCUCUCCUCAUCGAGUAAUUGAUCGCUGGAUGUUUCUCUGUGCAGCGGACGCUUUCUGACGGGCUUUAGAGGAUCGUGAAUGAAGAUGUUGAGAGAUCUGAUCUGAACAUCAUAAAUCCAUAAGGAGCUGCAUUCAUCUGCAGACUGAGGUGUGUGAACAGCGUGAAUUCAGAUGAUCAGUCUCUGAGCAGCUCGAGGCGUCCACAGACAGACAGACAGACAGACAGACACAGGCCGGCCGUCAGUGUGGAGUAACUGUGGAGCGAGCGGCGUGCGUGUGUUUCCAUGCCCUGGUUCCAUGCUCGAGUCUCAGGGAUGGAGCUACAGGUUCAGACCCGCUGGACAUCGCUGCUGUUUCUGCUGGGUUUGCUGUGGCUGCUCUGGUCCGCUCAGGCGAAUGUGCUGGAAAGCUUGUUACAGAGGAAUUCUGGGAAGUUGGCGGCAGGCGGCGGUAAGGAGAGCAGCGGCAGCGCCACACCGCUGAUUCCAGAGAGGAUGUUAUUGUGUCACUGUUAUCAUCACUGUCCUGAAGACUCCACCAACAACACCUGCAGGACUGAUGGUUACUGCUUCACUAUGGUGGAGGAAGAAGAGGGCGGCUCUCCGUUGCUCACGUCCGGCUGUCUGGGGUUGGUGGGCUCAGAGUUUCAGUGCAGGGACACUGGGAACGCUCGACUGAGGAGGAUCCUGGAAUGCUGCACAGAUCAGGAUUUCUGUAACCGAGACCUCCAUCCGACACUGCCUCCACUCAAGAGACCCGAUCAGGACAGCAGAAUUCAUCACAUAGCUCUGUUCUCCUCAAUGGGCGUCUGCUUCGUCUUGCUGGUUUUCGUCAUAUACUUCUACCGAAGAUAUCAGCGUCAGGGGAUGCAGGCGCGCUACAGCAUGGGUCUGGAGCAGGAUGAGAGCUUCAUUCCCGCUGGAGAAUCUCUGAAGGAUCUGAUCGAACAGUCUCAGAGCUCCGGCAGCGGAUCAGGACUCCCUCUGCUGGUGCAGCGAACCAUCGCCAAACAGAUCCAGAUGGUGAAGCAGAUCGGGAAGGGCCGUUACGGCGAGGUGUGGAUGGGCCGCUGGAGGGGCGAACGGGUCGCCGUCAAGGUCUUCUUCACCACAGAAGAGGCCAGCUGGUUCAGAGAGACCGAGAUCUACCAGACCGUCCUGAUGAGACACGAGAACAUCCUGGGGAUCGUGGAGGAGUAUCAGCUGCCGUAUCACGACCUGGUGCCGACCGACCCGUCCUACGAGGACAUGAGGGAGGUGGUGUGCGUCAAGAGACAGAGACCCUCGUUCCCCAACCGCUGGAGCAGCGAUGAGGUACAGCCGCGCUCUACUAAACUGGCUCUGGUUCCUUGCUUAACUCUAUGA